UGCGUCUCUCCCAUACCUCAACUGACUGCACACUACAGUCUGCAGCAGCAUAGGAUGUAAUCAAUCCCACAUGUUUCUUCUCUGCGACUCGGGGAUUUUCACUUUGAAUAUUUUUGUACUUUUCCUUUCAUUAUAACCUCCUCGCCGAACAAUGGAUAUAACUUACCAGACAUGACGGGGACUCAGUUUCUACCCUGCAAAGCCAAAACUCCGCUCAAUGCGAGGGGAGCCCGAAGUUCAUAAAAGGGAUUAUUUGCAUCUGGGUGCCUGAGACCUUCGGUGCCUCCGGAUUUUACUUUGGAUUUGGGAUUUAUCGGUUCUCGCCGGGAUGGAAAGCCGAGAUUUCGCUCCACCGCACCACCUCCUGACGGAGCGGAGCGCGUUGGUGCACAGCGCCGCGUCUCGGAUGGCGCCAGGCGGCCACGGCUCCGUGCAGCACCCCGCUCACUUCCAGCCCGGGAAAUACUACUCAUCCCACCUCUCCAUGGCUCCGCACUCAGGUGCUUCCUUCAUGGGUUCCUUCCUGGCCAGCAGUCUGGGGUCCCCACCUUCCCACCCUCCUCACCCCUCGGGACCUGCUGCCUCCCCCUCCUCCCCGUCCUACAGGGCUGGACCCCAUUCGAGCGCUUCCCCUAUCUGGUUCCCCCAUUCACAUGAAGGGUACCCCGGCUAUUCAGGAAGUCUUGCUUCUCCUUUUCUCCCCAUGAGUCCCCUGGAUCACCAUAGCAACGGUCUCUAUGGACAGCACCGCUUCUAUGAAACUCAAAAAGAUCACUUCUAUCUGAGAGGCCUUCCUCCCCAGCCCCCUCUGCUCUCCACCAAUCACAGCCUUCCGCCGUUGUCCAGGACUGCCCCAGGCCACCCUCUUGGCUCUUGCAGCCGGGAGACGGACAAUGGGGGAGGAGGCGGGAAGAGCACCAAGGAUGUGGGUGAGAAGGGGGUUUCAUCUGCGUCAAAGGACAAGGAGCGAGCAAGCAGCAAGGAGCGGCACCAGGAGAGCAAAGACAAACAACAUCAGUUCCAUCAUCAUCAUCCUCAUCAGACGAACCCUGCCACCACUACAUCCAGCUACCACCACCAAGCUUACCCCCACCCUCACCAUGCCCUCCUUUCUCACCUCACACCCCAGGGCAGGGAGGAGGACCACAGACACUCUCUAGAGCGACACAAGGAGUACAGAGACAGCGACUCGGGCAAUCAGGGGACAAAACAUAUGACUGCCUGUAAACUGUCCAGUGGUUCGGGGGCAGAGACUGGCUCUGGAGGAAAAGGGGGAGCAUUGAGUAGCUGCAGCGGUGGUGGGGUGAGCAGACCUCCAUCUGGAGGGGGCAGGCGGUGCUCCAAGGAUGGACCCAUAAAUGGGGAGAUGAGGAUCAGCGAAUCCUCAACUUCCUCUUCUGAAUGUAUGAGACGAGGGACAGCUGCAGCAACAGCCAUCUUGGCACCUCCUGCGCCCCACUCUGUGGCCUCCUACUCAAUGCCUCCCCCUCCCCCUCCGCCACCCCCUCCUCAUGCCUUGCACAUGGGCUCCACAGUCACAGGAGGGUGGAUACACCACACACAUCACCAUCCUCAUCCUGAGUUUUACUGUUCCCCAGCCCCUCUUACACUGACACCCUCGAAAGAUCCCGCAUCCACCCCUGGUGGGUCUGGUAGGGAGGCAAAAGUCAUUGGCCCAACUUACGUGCCCUCAGUUGGGCCUCUGGGAGACCUGGCAGCUCCUGACUGCCGUGGAGCAGGAGGAGGUGGGAGAAAGGGAGAUGAUAAGAGUGGGGAGGGAUCUUAUGAAAGUCCCUCUCAUCACCUUAGCCGACUAAGCAGUUGCCAGAAGAAGGACAAAUCCCAGCCACACCAGCAGCAGCUGGGAUAUGGCAAAGCUGACAAACCUCCUGACUGGAGCCACCAGACACAGAACUUCCACAAGCCCAGCUCCAGCGUGAGCUCUCAGCCUGAGCUGCGAUCCUGCAGCCUGGAAAGAUCUUCAUCCUUUAGAGAUUUAGAGGCUGUGGACGAUGUUUACCGGCCCUCACUCCCACUAGAUACCCCGGGGACACACCCUGCUGCUGGACAGGGCACAUCAAAGAAUGGCUCCGAUACCAGCACUCCUCCCUUCAGGGACUGUUCCCACUCAAGUCCUCAUCCUGAAGGGAGGGGGGGAUCAGGGGCUCAGAGGGAGGGACAAAAGGUUGCAAGGAUAAGGCACCAGCAGCACAGCAGCCCUGGAGCAAGUACAGAAGAGAGAGGAAGAGACGGAGGUCAGACAGCACCUUCCUGGGGGGCUCGAGGGGGCCACCAGGAUGACCAGAGAAAAGGCUCCCAUCAUGCAUCUGUUGGUAAUGUUGAAGUACGAGCGCUCAGCAACCGAGCUCCAAAUAGUGACCAUAACCAACCCCAUUCUCAACCUCCUCCACCUCUAUCCCGCUCCUCAUCACACACCACUGAGGUUGAGGGUAGUGCCAUGAAGAACCUAAUGAACUACAGCUCCCAGCAGCCACUGCUGCUGCCACAGCGGAGCCCCUUUGGAGGUCUGGGCUGCAUCAAGCAGGGUGGAGAGAGAUCAGAGAAGGGGGACAGAGGAGGUUCUAAAAGCAGCACCUCCCAACAAGACCCUCCCAAACAGUCGCUCCCUCCUCGCCGAGGAUCCACUAAUGAGGGAGAGAGGGGUGACAGAGGUGGGAAGGAGACUGGGGACACAGGAGAGGGAGAGGUGCGACAGCCUCCUGUGGGUAUUGCCGUUGCGGUAGCCCGGCCACCCCAUCGUUCCCCAGACAACACCCCUGGACACAGCAGACAAGGCAGGGUGCUGCCCAGCAUGAAAGGGGUGACACGCCCCGUGUAUCCUCUCGGCCGGGAGGCAGAGGAGAGGAAGAGGAUGACAGAGGAGCAGAUUGGCCUUCAUCACCUGGACAGAGACAGAGAAAUAAUCAUCAGGGAAAACAAGGAUCGGGUGGAGUUUGCCAGGAUCCACCCUUCUAGUAGCUGCCACGGUGACCUGACCUCUCACCUCCUGGUUUCCGGAGGAGCCAACCAAUUGGGGGCGGACCCUGCUGCACAUGCUCACCCGGCUCACCACCACUGGAUGCAGAGGACAGGAAGUCCCUCCCUCUGGAUGGGGCAUUCAUACAGUCUAAGCCACGUGGGAAUGAGCCCAGGUUUCCCCCCAGGUCUGCCCAGCCCUCUGCAGCCCGUCUUGGGUUCACUCACCCAAGAUCCCAACUCCCCACUAGUGGUUCUUCCUACAGAACCUGGGCCUCAUCAUCAUCUCGACGUUUUGGAGCAGUCAGGUCUAUGGCCUCCUGUGUACGGAAGCCGGGGGCCGCCUCCUCACCUGCAGCAUCACCCCGUCUACUCCCGCUCCUCAUUCCUACGCCAACAGGAGCUGUAUGCCCUGCAGCAGCAGCACCAGCAGCAGCAGCGGGCCAUGGAGCACAUGCAGCGCCACUCCAUAGGACAGAGAAAACAUGAGGAGCAUGCCAUCACUAUAGAAGACUCUCCUCACGAAUCUUCAGCAUCCAGAACGCCCCCAUCUUCUUCCUCUUCUUCCUCCACCACCUCUUCUCAUGCGGCCAAACCCUUCUCUCACACUCCUCCUCCGCCGAAGACACCCACGCCGUCUCCAGGGAUGUGUCCUACCAGCCGUCAGUCGCCCUGCUACCACUCCCCAUCCAGGCGCCCGCACCCACCGAACCCUCUGACCCCUGCGCCAAGCCCGGCUGCGGCGGCACCCCGCUCCCCGGCGCUCAGCCCUGCUCCUUCCCACCUUUCUAAAGGGCUAGAGAGGGGCAGCGACAGAGGAGAGGGACAGCCACCUCAGGACUACCCACAGUCCCUUGAGCCAGACUUGCCACCUGUUUACACCUUUCCCCCGAUCACCAUGGGUUACAAGGCUGGGCCUUCGCCUGCUGAAGCCCGGUUGGCUGAACAAGCCACGGCGGAGGCAGAGCCAGCAGAGCCUGACUCCAAGUCCCUCCCACAUCCGUGCCAGGUCCAGCCUCUCACCAAAGAAGAGGAGAGGAGGGAAGAGGAGGAAAGGAGAGACUGUGAAGUGGUGGAAUCUCAGAGUGGAGCUGCAGAGGAAGAGAAGGGGGAAAGGAGGGCGGAAGCAAAAGGAUGCUCUGUCUCCGAGCCCGAGAGCGAGAUUUCUGGAUUGCCGCCAUGCCCUUCCCCGGCCCCAGUCUCAGAUCCAGCCUGCCCGGCCACAGCCACAGGCAAAACCCUAAAAGUAGAGCUCUCUCUGGGUUGUCCGGGCCAGAAGGCCAGCCUGGAGGAGCCUCAGCUAUCCAAAGAGCAGGAGGAUGAUAGGGAACAUGGAAAAGAGGACAUGGAGGAGGAUGAGGGAGAGAGAAUGGAGCCUGACCCAACAGAAUGUACUGUCUCUGUGCCUGUAGAGCCUGAAGAAGAGGAGAAGGAGGAGGCAGACGAGGAUGGGGACAAAGAUGGAGAGAAUGUAGAGGUGGUUGAUGAUGAGGAGGAAGAGGAGGCGAGUGGGAUGAGUCCAGGCAAUGACUUGGUGGAAGUAACGUCUAGCUCUCCUGCUCCUUCCCCAACCUCCGACCCCAUCCUCCCUCCUUCAGCAAGCACGGCAGCUCAGCUCCAAGGGGCCUACAUGUGGAGCCUGGAGCUCCUGAUUGCUGCGGCUCUGUGCGCCACCAGAGAUGCCUUGUACCCACCUGUACCUGCUGUCCGGGCCCCAAGCCCUCCACCCCACCAUGGUAUGGAGAUACUGGGAGAGCUGGCUGAGCUGGAGAUCCAGCAGAGGAGCAGGGAGAGCAAAGAAAAUGUCACUGAAGGUGAGGACAUGCUGACCUUUGACCUCCACAGUCUGGCUACGCUGGCGGCUGCCCGUGCCCUGGAGAUGGGGGGAGGAGCUGUAAAUGUGGGGGCGGACCAGCAGUGUCCAAUCAGGAAAAGGCUCAACCUGCGCAGGAAGUGUAGCUGGACGCCUCGCCACGAGCCGGUGUGCCCAGUGAAGGGCUCCAUGGAGACGAUGGGAGGGGAGGAGCUGGCCAUGCGUGUCCAACUGGCUGAGCUACAGCGCCGCUACAAAGAGAAACAGAGAGAACUGGCCAAGCUACAGAGGAAACACGACCACCAGAAAGAGGAGACAUCUCGUAGCCCUGCCCGCCGGGGGCCCGGUCGCCCCCGCAAGCGCAAGUCCACCCCCGGCCCAGCUGCUGCAGAGAGUUCCAAAAGACUCAGGGCUGGGCUGAAUUUGCUGGAGGAAAAAACCAGGAAGAAAAUGUCCAAUCACGACUUCAACAGCGUCAGUGCUGCACAGAUGAAGGCUUGCUGUAAGCACAGAGGUCGGCCCAGCACCCUGAGCUCCAGGCUGGCCAGACGGGUGACCCAGCUGAAGCAGAAGGCUGCGGCCCAGCGUGGUGCACCGUCAGCAGGCACGCUUUACUGCAGAGGGGACCCUGGAGCAGAGGAGACACUCAAGAGUCACUGCAGACAAGGAGGGAAAGACCCUCAGCAAGACUGGGCAGCCGGUCAGACCAUGAAGAGGAAGAGGGGUCGGAAGCCCAAAGUGUUGAUGGGUGUCGACCCGAACAGAGCUCAUCACAAGGACGGCCGGGUCUCUGAGAAACAGGAAGUUAGGGAAGAGAAAAGCGACAGUGAGAGCUCAGAACACGAGGAGGAGGAGGACGGCAGCUAUGACAGCGAAGAUGGAGCUGGUGACAUCAAGAUUAGCUCAUCUUCUAAAGAAACUCCUGCAAACCCUGCUGGGAUUGUGCCUUUUUCUUCACAGUCCUCCAAGCUCCAAACAAACCAGAAAGCCAGGAGUAAGAGACCAGGGCCUGCCGGCGUGGGGGGCAUUCCCAGUACAGAUCGGGGAAGAGCACCCAGAAGACCAAGCUUCGCCAACAUGGAGAGGCGACGUCCGGACCACCAGGGGACUAAAAGAGCAUCUCUGCCCAGCUGGGGUGUGUCAUCAGUGGGCUGCAGCUUUGGGGACGGCCGGGGGAACCAAGGAGCUCUGACAGAAGCAAACAGGACCAGCAAGGAAGCUGUUAAGAAGACCUCAGCAGGACAGGGCAUUCUGGGGAAGGCCAAGGGCCACGCAGUGAGCCGGCUCCUGCAGAGCUUCGCUGCUGAUGACGGCUUUCGCUUGGAUGAGGAAAGCAGCUUCUCCGAGGGAGAAGAGGAGGAGGAGGAAGAGGAAGAGGAAGAGGCGAAGGAGAAGAAGUCGAUCCAGCUUCCACCGAACAUGCCCUGCAGAAUACCGGCCCUGCCAAACUGUGUGCUGAGUAAAGAGAUGUUGGUGGACGGGCUGAAGAUCCUGAUCUCUAAGGAGGAUGAGUUGCUGUACGCCGCCUGUGUCCAAACUCUGGAUCUGCCUGACAUAUUCAGUGUUGUCAUUGAAGGAGAACGAGGGAAUCGCCCCAGGAUCUACUCAUUGGAGCAACUACUACAGGAAGCAGUAUUAGACGUGCGGCCCCAGACUGAGGCCAUCCUGACUGCGGGGACGCGAGUUUGUGCCUAUUGGAGCGAGCGGUCACGCUGCCUUUACCCUGGAUAUGUCCACCGGGGGGGUCCAGGUGAGGCUGAGAAGGAGGGCAGUGUGAUGGUGGAGUUUGAUGAUGGAGACAGAGGAAGGAUUUCCCUCGCAAACAUCAGACUUCUGCCCCCAGGAUACCAAAUCCGCUGUGCGGAACCCUCUCCGGCACUUCUGAUCUCACCUGGUCGCCGCGGUCGACGAAGCUCCACCCAGGAAAAGAAAGACACACCUGCAGAGAAGCCAGCCAAUGAGGAGCCAGCAGGGAGGCCCCAGGAGAAAAGACCAGUUGGCAGACCGAAGAAAAUCCACUCAGUGCCUAAGACUGCCAGCACACCGACAUCAGUAACAGACACUGUAACCAAAGGCACCACCACCUUACUGAACUGGUCUGUGCCGAGGAAAAGACCGCCGGUUGAUUUCUUCCUCUUCAAUGGGACGUCCCGUAAGACCCAGAGGAGGAUUCGAGAGCGAGACUUGGGUUUGUUUCAUCGGCUUGCCUCCCACCCUCUUGCUCCCCCAGCCCCUAUCAAAGGUAUCUUUGGCUCUCCUUUUGUAGUUGACUCAUUCAGUAGCAUCGCCAAUGGCUACUCUACGUUUGGAAGCAGUGGAAGCUCUGGAGCUGGGCGACCGGUCACCACAGUUGCUUCCAUGGGCCUCCGGGACUCAUCGUCCUCGUCCUGCUCACCAGCUGUCACCAUGGCAAUGGCAACUGGAAGCAGGAAGCCAGUAAGCGAACGGGACAGGAAACAGUUCCUGGUGAAGCUCGAUCAUGAAGGAGUGACCUCUCCUAAAACAAAGAACAGCAAGGCCCUGCUUCGACUUGGAGGGAGCGGAGGGAGAGGAGGAAAGAGCCUUGCCUCGGCAGGAGCACCACUGCGAUACAUCCACCCAUCCCUGCUGGUGAAGGAUGGCAAGAAGGGAGGAGGGGAAAGAAACGCUGCUGAGGCCCGGUCAGAGUCUCUUCUAAAGGGCGCUCCAUCUCUAAGGAAGGAUCUUAUGUCUCCUGGUCUUGGAGUCCAAGGUGGGGAUUACAGUUUGGACUAUCCGAGUGACUGCCCCAGCUCCUACUCUGAGCUGGAUGAGGAUGAUGAGGAUGAUGGUCAAAAUGCUGAAGCACGUAGAAGAAGUGCUGCAGUCACAUCCCACCGUGGUGGUCGUUUUCUCUCUCGUCUCUCUGUCUGCUUCUCCUCAUCUUCUUCCUCCUCCUCCUCCUCCGGCUCCAUCUCCUCCUCGUCCCUCUGCUCCUCAGACAACGAUUCCUCCUACUCCUCUGAUGAAGAGUCCUCCUCUGUGUUGCUGCGCCGUGCACUGCUCCAGCAGGACAAACACAAGCACAGGCAGAGCAUGACCUCUGACCUCCUAAACCCUGACCCUACCACCUCCAGCUCUUCUCCCUCUGCCUCAGCCGCAUCUCACGGAUAUGUGGCCAAAGCCAGCAUGGCCGUCUCUGGGUCAAAGGUGAGGGCCGAGAGAGCAGAAGACAGGAAGGAGUUCAUGUCAAAAGGAAGUAUGGUGGCUAACAGUAGCUCAGCUAAGACCCAGAUGAAGAGGAAAGAAGGAGUUCCUAACAGCCACCAUCAGGGCCAAAGCAGUCCUGUGAGCCAGCAGCCAAAACCUGCCUCCAAGGACCUGGCAACAGCUAAGAGACAGAGGAUGUCUUCACCUGAGCCUCUGCCCAACAUGGCCCCCCUGAUACCGGGACGCCAGCUGUGGAAAUGGUCGGGCAACCCUACACAGAGAAGAGGUCUGAAGGGUAAAGCCCGCAAGCUUUUCUACAAGGCCAUCGUGCGGGGCAAGGAGACGGUGCGUGUCGGGGACUGUGCUGUGUUCCUGUCACCUGGCCGGCCACAGCUGCCCUACGUAGGCAGAGUGGAGAGCCUCUGGGAGUCGUGGAGCUCCAGCAUGGUGGUCAGGGUCAAGUGGUUCUACCACCCGGAGGAGACUCGCCUGGGAAAGCGACACCGAGACGGCAAGAAUGCCUUGUAUCAGUCUAGCCAUGAGGAUGAGAAUGACGUGCAGACCAUCUCCCAUCGCUGCCAGGUGGUCAGCAGGGCCGAGUACGAUCACCUGAUACGUGAGCGCAAGCCGUGUAACGCAGCGAACGACCUGUUCUACCUGGCCGGAACCUACGAACCAACCACAGGCCAGCUGAUCAGCGCAGACGGCAUGGCCAUUGUGUCCUAGAACCACCAGCUAGAGAGAAAUCUAACUAUUGACCCGAACUCUGGAGUUGACUUCCUCCAGGACGGUCCUUCAGAGCAGAGCAGGGGGCAGAGGGAAACCAAGACAAAGAGUUUCGGCUCUGUGCAUUGAUCUGUCCCUUGUAAGAGAAGGAGCUAGCCCACUGGAUAAAGCCCGGCAGUACUGGCACUUAUGAGGAGUCUGGUUUGUUCUGGGGAAAAGUCUGAUCCAUGUCAGAUUUAACCUCUUUAUCAGAUGUGGACUGAGGCUCCUUGUCGCAGCGAGAGUCUGCAGCCCUUCCCUGUGGCUGAAAUAACAGAGUAUUUCGCCACUGCGACAAGAUUACUGCAACAAAAGAACAGGAACCAUGGACAUGAGCACUUUGGAGUACGGUGGCUUGGAUAUACUUUGGAGGGAGGGUGGCAGACUUGGCUUUCUGAAACAGACAGACUCAGAGAGCGGGAGAGACUGUAUGGUAAGGAGAGACUUACUGUGAACCACACUGGUUUGGAUGGUUUUAAUGGUCUUAUACUGAUAGUUUGACGAUGACAACACGAUUGGGAGAUCCCCAACAGGACCAAAAAACACUGUAGUUCGGACUUAUGUGUAAGUGUGUGUGUGUGUAUGUGUUUGCAGAGUGGCUGCGAUGACCCUGUUUGGCAUUUAAUGAGCUCUAAGUAAAUAGUGCUUUAGCGUGUGUGUUUGUAUUGUGUGUGUGUGUCUGUGUGUCUGUGUGUGUGUGUGUGUGUGCGUGUGCGUGUGUGUGUGUGUGUGUGUGUGUAUGUGUGUAUGUGUGUGUGUGUGGUCAUGCACGUGUACGACCUGUGCUCAUCAAGCAAAGAUGACGUCAUGACACACCGUCGGUAUGUCUCUAACACUCUGAAUAUUAAUCUAUCCAGUACUUAACGUGCAGUUUUCAGUCCUCGUGAUGGAAACGCGUUUUUUUUUUUUCUCCUGUCAAGCCAUACACGUCAAUACCUCUCUCUCGUAUCCUCCUAUUCAGGUGCGAAGACACAUGUACAGGUAGUUGUUUAUUUGAACAGUGUGUGCAUGUUGGUGUGCGUGCAUAUGUGUGCAUGGGGCGAGUGCGUGUGCUUUGUACAGCAUUAUGUAUAAAAUAACAUGUUGUAAAUAGUAUACAUAUAUAUUUGUUUUUUUGUUGUUUUCUUUUGCAGAGAAGAUUAUUUUAUUUAGAUUUU